GCUGGAAAAACAAACUAAAUACAAAGUACAUGAACAUAAGAAGAAACAAACAAAAGAAAAAAUAGAAAUAAUGAUCUAGAACUUGGAACACAUGACAAGGAUCCACAGCUAAUGUGGAGAACGGGGCAAUAAACAGACGAAGACUGAAGACUUAGAUACACAAGCAGGACAAGCAGGGGAUGGGAAACAUGCGAGGACACAGCUGGGACUAAUUAGACAUAACAAGACAGAGAGGAAGCAAAACUGAAUACCCUGAAUACAGGAUGAAGGACUAUCAAAAUAAAACAGGAAACAAAAGACAUGGCAGGGAAACAGAUGAAUGGACACGUGAGGUUGACACAGUAACUGAGGGGAUGAAAACACAGAGACAAGACUAGACACUGAAGGAGGGAGAAUGUGAUCACAAAGAAACAGAAACACACUAAACAUGAUGAAAGAAUGACUAAGAAGCUAAGAGCUACAAUAUAACAGAAACUAAAUGAUCAAACGAGAACACAAAAGUACAAGAAAACCAAACAUAAACCACUCAGAGAGUAUAACCCAACUUAGAAUAUAAUCCCACCUGAUGCAAAACAGUCCAAAACAUAAACCCUGGGUCAGACACACAGAGCCAUGACAGUUGGACAGAUGGCCUCACAUAUGACUCUAGAAUACUUUGAUAUAUGGAGUUCAUAGUCAACUCAGUGACUGCAAAGUCCCCACGUCCCGUGGCUUCAAAACAAGCCAAAUCAUCAACCUUCCUCCACUGUGCUUGACUGUAGAUAUGCUGUGUUUGUUUGUGCCUUAUAGUGAUAAAUCUCCAUUUUAGUCUCAGUGAUAUUGUUCCACAAGUCUAGUGGUUUGUUCAAACCUAAACUGAGUGAUGUUCUAUUUAGUAAGACAAGACCUCUCCUUCAAAGAAGCCAAACUAAUUCAGUCUCUUUAACUGUAAUGUCAUGAACUUUAAUAUUAAACAUGAUAACUGAGAAAUACAUAGCAAAUAAUGUAGCUAUUUUGUUGUUGUUGUAAUUUCUCUGACCACUCCAUGGUCUGACACUGCGGUCAGUUUGCAGGCACAUCCCAUCCUGUCUUCAGUGUUUGAAUAAUUUCUCUCACUAUAGAAUGAUGGACUUCAAAUUGGUUGGAGACGGAUAUAUAACCUUCUGAGAUUGAAUGGUGGCAAAAACUGGUUGUCUAAUUAUCGCUAAUGUCUUUCCUCCCAGACAUCAUGUUAACACAUAGCUGAAUGAACCUUCUGCACUUGGCUGAUACUUAUUCUCAUUGUUUCCAUUGAAGCACUAAGGACAACUCAGAUUUUCUCACACUGUGUCUGCAUUUUGGCUUCAUUUUUUUUUUCUAUUUUAAAGGGGGUCCUUUUUGUCCACUCCAAUAUUCACUCUGUACAUUCAGUUAACUGCAAGCAUCUAGACAGCAUGUUUAUACCAUCUAGUAUAAAUCAACUGUAAUUAAUGGCAAGAACCGCAGAGAAUGUUAUGAUUUUGUCAUUUUUGUAAACUGAAUGUAACGAAUUGUUUUUUCCACAAGGUGGCAGAAGUGUAAAGGCUAUUAGAAGCUGGGCAUAUUCGUCACAUCCACCAGCACAGACAGCAACGUGUCAGAUCUGCGUCGCUCAAAGCUGAGUCAGAUCACUUUGAGUGACAUGUGAUAUAAGCUUGGCUAUAGUGAUUAAUAUACAGUCCAUAAAAAAUCCCCAACUGUUACACAUGAACACUUUUAGGCCCGUCUGUCUCCUCUUGUUACUUCGUAUUUGUCUGUUGUGUGACGUUUGCUGACUGAAAAUGUUCAAAUAUAGAAGAGCCAAUGUCAGGAUCCGUCUAAUUACAGUUUUGUAUUUUCUGCUUCUCUUUAUUUUUAUUUCUCUUCUCUUUUGCUUUAAAUUCUGUUUAGUUUCAGUUAGUUUCCAGAGUGGUUUCACUUUAUUUUUUCACAUGUUUCAUUUUCAUUUCAGUUCGGUUUUAUUACAUACAUCAGUGGCAAUAAUUAUGAAAAUCGGUACAGGUAUUACAAUAAAAACAAAUAACUUUCUGAAGGCAGCUGACUCACAGAGUCUCGUAGACACCCGAAAUCUCAAUAAGCACGUCCACCAAAGCGUCUGGAGGCAAGUUCUAAUUAAAAUAAACCAAAUUUAACUGACAGAUAUUACAACGAAGAAUAUUUCCUCUGUACUUUGUUUUUAUUUUAGCUAGUUUUCCUUUUAAUUGUUUUCAGGAGUCGAUUUUUAUUUAUUUAGAUUUUUUAUUGUAAUUAACUAACAUGUUUUUUUUCCUCAUCCAUUUUUAGUUUUGAAUUUAGUUUUAGUGAACUAUAAUGACCUCAGUCGAGAUGUGCUUAUUUUUAUGAUUGCUUAAUUAUACGUUAAGCAUUGAUUUUGGAGAGAGGAGAAACUGGAUUUGAGUAUAUUAUACAUUUUGUUCAUUUGUGGUUAUUAAACGAUUGUCAGUUUUAACCAGUUAAUGUUUGACACAAACAUCUAAAUCCCAGUUUCGGUAAAAGUAUCAAAUAAGCAUCUUUCUGUAAGUAUGUUUAUGUUUUCCCUCUUAUCCAUCAUACUAAAGGGAUUAGACAGGCCACAACUGUCACAGCCGUCCACAAGAAAUAUUGAAGUUAAAAUUUAAAAGACUAGUAUUAUUUUUUUAAAUUUACUUUAAUUUCUUUGUUUAUUUAUUUUCUUGGCCACAACAUGAUCGCUCGUAAUAACCCUUUUGCGUUUAUUUCAAAACUUGCUUGUGGUUGAUGAUCCCUUAUUGAUCCUGGGCUGAGCUGGGGAUCUGUGAACUUCUGCAGGAGUCCAUCAGCUGCACAGAGUCCCAGCACACCGCCAGCGAGCACCUCAGUCACUCUGUGUCCGAAUUACAAUGCAGUGCGUCCGGGCUUGGAGAAGUCUGAACUCCCUGUGCAGGGUGGCUCACCACAGAGCAUGGAAACGAUCCCAGAGCCACGCAGCAGCUGCCAGGCUGGACCUCAGCGGGAUUUAUCCGCCUAUUGCCACCCCGUUCACCGCCAAGGAGGACGUAGACUAUCAGAAACUAGAGGAAAACCUGCAGAAAUACGCCAAGAUCCCAUUUAAAGGCCUGGUGGUUCAGGGCUCCAAUGGUGAGUACCCGUACCUGACGGUGGAGGAGCGGGUGGAGGUGGUGAGGAUGGUCAAACAAUCGCUGCCGGCGGGAAGGCUGCUGAUAGCCGGAUCAGGCUGCGAAUCCACCAGAGCCACGAUCCAGCUCACGCAGAAGAUGGCAGCAGCCGGAGCCGAUGCUGUGCUGGUGGUAACACCCUGCUUCUACAAGGGGAAGAUGGACAGCCGGGCUCUGAUCCAUCACUUCACAAAGCUGGCGGACAGCAGCCCAGUGCCGGUGGUUCUCUACAGCGUGCCGGCAAACACGGGGCUGGAGCUGCCACUGGACGCUGUGGUGGAGCUUUCUCAGCACCCAAACAUCCUAGGUGUUAAAGACAGUGGGGGAGAUAUCACACGGAUCGGCCUGAUUGUCCAUAAAACCAAGGCGUGGGAUUUCCAGGUCUUAGCGGGCUCGGCUGGGUUUUUAAUGGCAGCCUAUUGUGUGGGUGCUGUCGGUGGAGUGUGUGCGCUGGCUAAUGUGCUGGGCCAGGAGCUAUGUGAGUUGGAGCGUCUGUGUGUGUCCGGGCGUUGGGAGGAAGCCAGAGUCCUGCAGCAGCGCCUUAUCGAGCCCAAUGCCGCUGUGACUAGGAAGCUGGGAGUUCCCGCCCUGAAGCAGGCGAUGGAGUGGUUUGGUUUCCACGGUGGCUCCUGUCGAUCACCUCUUCAGCCGCUCACAGAGGCCGAGAGUCAGCAACUGAGGCGGGACUUCUCCUCCAAUGGGUGGCUGUAAAGUGACCUAGGCGGAGCGAGAGUGCAUGCGUGAGUGAGGUCACUAUGUGUGGCCCUAUUAGCUGUGGGUGUAAUUAUAUCAUGAAGGGAAAACACAGCUGCCCAUGAAAAUAAAUAAAUAAAUAUUCAGUUCAGUCCACUGUUGAUAUUUAUUGAGCCAAAUCUAAAAACCUGUAAAAAAAAACAACCCCAAAACAUAAAAUAAAUGUGUAAAUAAGUAAAUAAGAGUCCAACUUCAAACUUCUAUUUGCGUUUUUGUUCUUCUUUUUCUUUGAUCUGGACUGACUGAAAUUUUCUUGGCCAAUUCCAAUUUUUCUCCAAGUGCUCUGCGACCAGGACUGAUUAACUUAAAACGAGCUGCUGUACACCCAUGUCUCGCUGACAUAUUUUAACUUUCCACAUAAUAGCAGGUGCAGGAUAUAUUGUAUAACAAAGCAAUUUUUUAAUUAUGUCCACUAUUUGGGGCCAUUGCUAAUACUGAGGCUGUUAGCUUCUGGCUGAUACUGAGCUUUGUUAGCUUCUGUAAAAUGUUCAACUGGAUGAGGUUGAUUUAAGUGUCUGCUUAGGUUUGUUGUAACAAACAUCAUCAUGGUGGUCCCCCCAUGGUUUACUUUGCCAGACUUUGUGUACAUAUAUAUGUACACAGUGUUAUAUAGUCUUUAAAUCUACACCAUAAAACAUGUAGCAGCUGACAUUACAGGUAAUGGAUCAAGCCAGCAGAAGCCAAUCAGACUCAGGAAGAAAAGUGCCUCUGGCAGUGCAAGCCACCACUGUAAGGUGUUUAGACAUUAAAACACUACAAGUAUGACAAUGUACACAAACCAGAAUAAGAAGCCAGUGACAGGCAAUUAGCUGCUGAUCUUUCCUGUUGUUUUUAUCAUGUGAUCAGUUAUUUAUUUUCAUAUUUUCUUCCACUAAAGCAAGAGGACAAGUGGAUGUAAUAAGAGAUUCCAAACUAGGGACACUUUUUUUAAGUGCUUCUUAACCUCAGCCUUACACAGGGAAAAAUAAUACCCCCAUAUUUUAGCCUGUAACUGUUAUUUUUUCUUCUUUCAAGGAGGUUUUGUGAUUACUCUGUCUGAUUUGUUUUUUGUCCGUUUGUUAGAGUUGUUGCACGAAAAAUAUUUCCAUGAAAAUCCUGCCAGGGGUCGCUCGAUCCAACUUGUGGAUCCAGUUUUGAAUUCAGGAAUUCCAUUAAAUUCCCUUCAAAUCUUUACGUAUUAAAUUGAAAUAGGAAAUAUGUCAGCCAUUGUUUUAAUGUUCCCAAGAUAACAAUAACUAACCUGGAUCCAGUUAUGAUUGGUUCACAGCGAGAAGUGGCUUUUCAGCCUAGUGUAAAAAGUAGAUUUUUGUAUAAUUGGUGUGUAAUGCAUUUGGCAGAUCAUGACCUGUUUGGCUUAAGCUUUGAAACUCUUUAGUCAGGACUCAUGUGUAACUUAGGAAACAAUUACUUUGUCUAAUUGUUAGUGGAUCCGUAAAAAAACUGAAUUUCUAGACUCAAAGCAGUAGACAGUAAAUGGAAAUCACAGUGGAGUAAAUACGAGUUAUUUAAUCACAGUAUUGCCUGUUUUGUCAUUAGAAAUAUGGUGGUCUCACAGGGCAUGCAUAUAUAUACUUUGGGCAUUUGCACCUACUGCAAUGGCAGAAAGUCAUUUGUAUGCAUCAGCCUCAUUAGUUUAAGAUGCCCUGUAACCUAAAGGUAAUUGUCAUGUAAUUACAGCACAGCUUUGGCAUGCUUUGACCUCAGGAGAUGUCUUAUUAUUCAGAAUACCUCAGUAGAGCUAUUGUAUGGAAACUAAAAGUACAGCCAGGCCACGUGUAACCUCAGGCUGAAUAACACUGAAGCCUCCCAAGGUCUUUGAAAAAUAAAAAAUCUGGAACAGAAAAACUAUCACAUCAUUUUGCUCUUAUUUAAAUCAGUCAUGUAUGUUCAGUGUGUGUGUGUUUGUGUAUAAACUAUCUCACUGGGGAAUGAUGCCCAUACUUUUUUUCACUAAUUUCCUGUGCUGAUAUUUAUCUAAUAUUAGAAAAAACAAACAGGUGCUCGAGAGCAAAUGUGGCCCGUGCCCUUCCUUGGCCAGACACAGCACUGAAUGAUGUGUUCAUGCAUGUCUGAGAUUAACUCUGGCCAACCAAAAAGGCCCCCAAAAAAGUUCCUCAUCUCAAAUAUAGAUUUGAUAAAUGUUUUCAGAAAGACCUGAGAUCAGCUAAAGUUCAGUGGGAGGCAGAGCUGCAGGUCAUGGUCACAGUUUGCUGCAGAAUGCCAGAGUGCUCUUUGAUGUGAAAAAGUUAAAAACCAUAAUUACUGUAAUUAAAGCCAAGUGUAGCAGGUAGCCAUGGCAAUGAGAGCCUUUGGCUUUUUCACAUAGCACUUUUUUGCUUUUAUCUUACCAUGAGUCCAAUUAGCACCUUUCUUAGCAGGAGAUAUUUUCAGAAAUACUUACAGGAUCAUAAAAAAAGGAGGAUAUGUUGUGUUUUCUUCUGUUCCUGUGCGACAAGGACACAGUACAGAUGGAAAGCUCUGAGUAUAAACAGUUUUGAUGAAAUCACCUGCCACUCAGUUUUAAGGACAUCUGUCUUACAAGCACAGUUGUAGUUUAUAAGUAAUGUUUAACCCUUGGUCUGAAAAUGUUCACUGUUUGAGAAACUUUGAAAUAGUUUUUUUGAAAAUACACCGAUUCACUGUGACAGACCUUUGUUACUGUCAUUAUUUGGCUUUGUCAAAUAUUGGAAGCAUUCAGGGCUAUUGAAGACACCGAGUGCAUGUCCUUUAUUUGGGAGAAUAUCUCCGCAUAAUGACAUGUGACAUUUUUUUGUGUAAUAGGAGAAUGUUCAGUGACUAUAUAUGCCUUGUCUGUAAGACUGCAGAAAGUAAUUUCCUUUAGAGUACAUGGCCUUAUAACAAUUUCUUUCUUUGUGGCAUGAGUGAAAGAUAAAAAUCCAGAUUUUGUGAAUAAAAGUGCACUUUAGUGUCACCUUGGUUUUCAGGGGCCCGCUUUCUUUGCUUCAAUACACGCUUUUUUGUGUCAAUUUUAUAUUCAAUUAUAGGACCUUUAGUCACUUUUUUUAAAGAAAGUAUUCAAGGACUUGUGUAAAAAGUGAGUUACUGAGCACAGCGUCUCUAAAAAGUCACUGUGAUUUGAAGCUGCGAGGGAUAGUUGGCCUCUGCCUAAACUUUUCCUCACCUGCUUGUUAGAUCCAGAGGAUGAACGGGAAAUAUAAGCCAGAGUGCAACUACAUACUUUUGGAGGCAAAGCUUCUGCAAUCUGAUACCCAGACAUGCAUCCCCCGCCCUUGAUAUUGCUCUGCUAGGUACCAAGAUAAGUGCAGUUUUAUAUGAGGUCACAUUUCCUUGAAAAACAAGUUUAUAUAGGGUCCAUGUACCGGACAGAGGAGGAGUUUGAUAUAUAAUAAAGAACCCCAAGUUUCUCCCAAUGACAAGCCAGCACCUUGCCAUACAUAUGCGGGUGUAUGAGGUUUUUUUUGAGUCAGUGGGUGAAUAACAAACACACUAUAAAGCUCUUUAAGAACUGCCAAAGUUUUAAAAAAUGAUUUCCUCUGUAAGUGCACAUCAUUUCCCCUUUGCCAGAGACAGCGCUGCAAUCAAAGCCCAGCAUUAUCACAGUAACAGGAAAUAAGUUAUCCUUUUAAAAGUGUUAUGAUGAUAACGAUAACUGAUAUUUUGAAAUGAAUAAAGAUGAAGCAAAGCUACAGUGUCAGUGAUGACAAUAUUAUGCAA